AUGAAGUUCCUCGUAUUCCUCGCCUGCUUGGCUGUGGCCACAGCCAGCGUUGUGCCCUCCAUGCCCGCCGGCAAGGCGGUGCCCGUGAAGGAUAUGCCACGCGCUGGCAAGAUCGAUGGCCGCAUCACCAACGGCUACCCGGCGUACGAGGGCAAGGUGCCCUACAUCGUGGGCCUGAGCUUCAACGACGGCACCCACUGGUGCAGUGGCUCUAUCAUUGGCCACACAUGGGUCCUGACUGCCGCCCACUGCACGAACACCGCCAACCACGUGCUGAUCUACUUCGGUGCCAGCUUCCGCCACGAGGCCCAGUACACCCACUGGGUGAGCCGCAGCGACAUGAUCCAGCAUCCCGACUGGAACGACUUCCUGAACAACGACAUCGCCCUCAUCCGCAUCCCGCACGUGGACUUCUGGAGCCUGGUCAACAAGGUGGAGCUGCCCAGCUACAACGAUCGCUACAACAGCUUCUCCGGCUGGUGGGCUGUCGCCUCCGGCUGGGGUCUGACCGACAACAACAGCGGCAUGUCCAACUACCUAAACUGCGUGGAUGUCCAGAUCAUGGACAACAACGACUGCCGAAACUACUACGGCGGCAACUACGUCACGGACAACACCAUCUGCAUCAAUACUGAUGGCGGGCGCUCCUCCUGCAGCGGUGACUCUGGCGGCCCCCUGGUCCUCCAUGAGGGCAAUCGCAUCGUGGGCAUCGUUUCCUUCGGCAGCGGAGAGGGAUGCACUGCUGGCAGGCCCGCCGGUUUCACCCGUGUCACCGGUUACCUCGACUGGAUCCGAGACCACACCGGCAUUUCUUACUAA